AUGGCAGCACUAAUCAGUACACCAUGCUCUGGUUUCCUUGUCGAUUUCCUGGGAAGAAAAUAUUCGUGCAUACUCUUCGCUUUGCCCCAGUGUAUCGCAUGGAUUAUAAUCUCAACGUGUCACCAAGUUGAAGGUAUACUGGCUGCGAUGUUUAUAUCCGGUCUCAGUGGCUGCAUCUUCAUGAUAGCUCCCGUGUUCAUCUCGGAAUUCUGUGAAGAGUCUAUCAGGGGAAUGAUGACGUCAGCAGUCUUAAUCUUUUAUGGGUUGGGCAUGCUGAUGUCCUAUUUACUAGGAGGCUGUCUUGGUUACAAUACCUUGAACUACGCGUGUCUAAGCAUCACAGUUACUGGUGUAGUGCUUCUUAACUUUUUGAAGGAAUCGCCGACUGCUUUAAUGAAGAAGGGAUUGGAAAAGGAAGCUGCAAAGUCAGUAGCAUUCUAUCGAGGUGAGAAAGUCAACUCGAAGGUGGUGAUGCAAGAGAUUGAUACGAUAAGAAGAGCUCUCAACCCGGACCUAGAACUUAACGAUGCGACAGCUUUUGAAGAAGAAACUUUGAAACCACCGAUACCGAGUGAAAAGCUGUCGUUCUGGCAAUUCUUCAAAAAAUCGCGUUCUACACGUCGGGCCCUGUUUUUGUGUCUCAUCUUGUACACAGCGGCGAUAUUCCAAGGUCUUAUUGUAGUCCAAGUAUACGCACAGCCAUUAUUCGAGGAAGCCGUCCCGAAUGUGUCGACGACUUUAUCAAGUGUCAUAUUCGCAGUUGUGGUGAUUAUGGCGGGAUUUUUAGCAAGCUACCUAGUGGAGAAGGCUGGAAGGCGGACGCUCAUGAUAAAUUCUUCGAUCGGUGCUGGUGUCUGCUGUGUGGUACUAGGAUCACAGAUACAAUUCCACUGGGGUCCACACUGGGUGUCUUCUAUCUUCCUUUAUACGUACUGUGUUGCUUAUUCUUUGGGCGCUGGUACUAUACCAUUAGUACUUAUUGCAGAGGUGUUUUUGCCUGAGGUAAAAGGAAUAGUAUCGAUGAUAUCAAUAGAGUGGGCGUGGAUAUGCAACUUCAUUAUUCUAUUUAUGUUCAACCCCAUCGUAGCGGCUUACGGUCUAGGACCUAUAUUUUACUUCUUCGGAGUUACGUGCUUUUUAACAGCUGUUUAUUGCGUCUUUUUCUUGCCAGAAACCAAGGGACUGACAGUCGAUGUCAUCCAAACAUUAUUUUUGAAGCGUCGAAGUGAAGCAAAAGUAUGA